AACUUGUGCAUUGACCUGUCGGUAUUCCAGGACGACAAUCUCGUCCUGGUCGUUCACCUCGACGCAACGACCCAUCUUUAUCUUUUACUUACUGUUCAUUCCGAUGACCUGAUACGCCUGUUCUUGCUUAAAAGAUGCAGACCGCACCUGCUUACUACCCGCAACCUCUGAUGGCGAAGCAAACGUCAGGGGACAAUCUGCGGGCUUCAGUCGGACAUCUGCUUUCAAGAGCAUAUAUGCUGCCAUGUUCUGCAGCAGCACAGGCAUUCACUCAGCUGGUUCAACCUACGUCGCGUUUUCAGCUGGCUCUUGAAAUGUUAUUUCCUCUCCUGGAUUCCCCUGUAGAUCUUCAGAAACGUAUUCUCGUGUCUUAUAUUUUAUACUCACUAUAUGCGCCGCACCCAAUCGCUAUGAACCCAUUCAAGUCAGCCCUCGUCUAUACAUUCACCAAAGAGAAGGAUAUAGCUGUGAAAGUCGCAUCUUCCGGUGGAGUUAGCGAGAAUGAACAGCUAGUCUGGGUAUUAUGGAAGAUCUUAAGAGGCGACGGGAGUGAUAUUGGGCCCUUCACUCCCAGUAAUUUAGCGACUUCACCGGUUCCUCCCAGGUUGAGAGCGUCCAAUCUCAGUUUGGAGGGUGAUAUUCCAGAUCGACCGAAGUUUGAUCCAUUUGGACAAGCUGCCUCUGCGGAUAACGUCAAUGCACAAGAAGGGGCGGAAGAACGAAGCAGCAGCGCGUCUGAGCUCCUCGCUACCGAGUCUAGGGUUUCUUCUGAGAAUGAUAAGGAGGUCAGCAAGUUUUCGGAGGGGAUGUCCUUGCUCCUUGCCGCGCGGGAGCGUGUACUUACUCUCUCCGAACAACGUACUCUGGUACCCCUGGUUCCACAGUUAACAGAUUCUUCAGCAAUCACAUCCGUAGAUUUGGCACCUAUUAUAUCGACCAACCCCGCGAUAGCUCAGCCUCUUCUAAGUGCUUUGCUCUCGCGGGCUUCGUCGGAUUCACUUGGUGUAGCGCUUUACCUCGAAGUUUUGCGACAUCUUCCACCUACUUUGCCUUCGUUUGACCUACUUGGUCGUCUGCUACGGGAUCCUACUGCCCUUACGGACCCUGCUACAGGAGGACGAACCACUAUCGCGGAUCUUGUGCGGACGGAAGCUCUUGGCUGGUUCAUUCAUGAGGCCAUUGCUUGGCUUGACCACGCUGAACAAGAAGAGAAGGCUGGCAACAUCAGUGACGAUCGCUUUGCCCAAGGGCUUCAGAACCUCUGCCGCUUCUUCAACUCACUCAUUAAAUUGGGUAUAAUGGACCCAGCCUCCGACGCCGACUCUGCUGAAAUGCUCCACUUCACGCUUCGUAAUUCUCGAUUUGAAGAUGCAAACGUGCUUUAUCGCGUUCUUGCCAUGGGUAAAUUGUGAAAGUCAAUGUAAAUUAUUCCUUCCAACCCUUCAUGUUAGGACUCACUGUAGCGGAUAUACUUACUCAUCAUUUCUUCUGUGACGAUGUUUUGCAGAUGUCACUUAGCGUACUUCACCCUACUGUAACUCAUAUACUCAUACCUCGUUUAAAUUAUACUUUAUAUGUGGCAAGCCGAUGGUUGUAUUAUGUCUCAUAACUGGUCCCGUUUAUGCCUACCAUGUAUAUGCCCUCUACUAGACGUUCGUAUGAAUAUUAUGUGGUCUUCAUUUUCACGCCUAGCCAUAAACUGGAAGCAAACUC